CGGCGUCUCUCAUUGCUGGGGCCACCGCGGCAGCUCCUUCUGCCAAGCUUCCAGCCGUCGGCCGCGCGGCGCGCCGUCCGCCCGCGCACUACCGGCCUAGGGCCGCCCGGCACGGGCUCAGGGCGCACCAUGCGCCCGCCCAGCCACCUGCGGGUCCGCUGGCUCUACUUGCUGGUCGGCGCCCUCGCCUGCGCCCUCCGCCCCGCGAGCGGCUGGGUGUCCAGGCCGCACUGGGAGUUGUGCGACUUCAUUCAGAUGAUGGAGGCGGAGCACCAGCAGUGCCUGGAGGAGGCCGAGGCGGAGAAUGACACAGCAGGCUGCAGCAAGAUGUGGGACAACAUCACCUGCUGGCCGGCCACCCCUCGGGGCCAGGUGGCCGUCUUGGCCUGCCCCUUCAGCUAUGACUCCCCCCUUCAAGGCCGCAACGUGAGCCGCAGCUGCACCGACGAGGGCUGGGCACACCUGGAGCCCGGCCCCUACGACGUCGCCUGUGCCUUGGACGACAAGGAGUGGAGUUUGGACGAGCAGCAGCUGUUCUACAGUUCCAUAAAGACCGGCUACACCAUCGGCCACAGCCUGUCCCUCGCCAGCCUGCUCAUCGCCACCGCCAUCUUGAGUCUGUUCAGGAAGCUCCACUGCACGCGGAACUACAUCCACCUGCACCUCUUCCUGUCCUUCAUCCUGAGGGCCGUCUCUGUCCUCGUCAAGGACCUGACCCUCUUCGACAGCGGCCACUCAGACAGCUGCCCUGUGGCCCCGCUCGGUUGCAAGCGGGUCGUGGUCUUGUUCCAGUACUGUGUCAUGGCCAACUACUUCUGGCUGCUGGUGGAGGGCCUCUACCUGUACACCCUGCUCGCGGUCUCCUUCUUCUCCGAGCGGAAGUACUUCUGGGGGUACAUACUCAUCGGCUGGGGGGUGCCCAGCGUAUUCAUCAUGGCGUGGACCAUCACCAAGAUCCAUUUUGAGGAUUAUGGAUGCUGGGACACCAUCGACUCCUCGCUGCUGUGGUGGAUCCUAAAGGCACCCAUCCUCACAUCCAUCUUGGUAAACUUCAUCAUGUUUGUUCUCAUCAUCCGAAUCCUGGUGCAGAAACUGCAGCCCCCAGACGUGAGGAAGAGUGAAAAAAGCCCCUACUCGAGGCUGGCCAAGUCCACUCUCCUGCUGAUCCCCCUGUUCGGAGUGCACUACACCAUGUUCGCCUUCUUCCCCGACAACUUCAAGUCGGAAGUGAAACUGGUCUUCGAGCUCGUCGUGGGGUCUUUCCAGGGUUUCGUGGUGGCUGUCCUCUACUGCUUCCUCAAUGGCGAGGUGCAGGCAGAGCUCCGGCGGAAGUGGCGGCGCUGGAACCUACAGGGCAUCUUGGGCUGGGGCCCCAAAUACCAGUACCCCCCAGGAGGCAGCAGCGCGGCCACGUGCAGUACACAAGUCUCCUUGCUGACCCGCGUCAGCCCCAGCGCGCGCCGCUGCUCCAGCUUCCAGGCGGAGGACUCCCUAGUCUGACUGCCAGGCUCCCGGGGGCCCAGGGAGGCCCCACCCGCCCGCACCUACCCACCCGGGGUGGCACCCUGGGGACAGAGGCCUACCGGGGCGAAGCCAGCCCCAGCCCUGGGCUCAGAGGCUGCCCUGGCUCCCAGGUCACUGUCCAGAAGCCCCUGGAGAAUGCUGCUCUUGCACCUGCGUUGGGAGACAACGGUGCUUAGACCUGGAGCCACUAAGUGAGCAAGAGCCCUGAGAGCCGUGGGGUGGAGCGCAGCCAUCAGACUCCUCCCUCAAAAGCCCUCUCUGCCAAUCAAUGGCAAGAAAUUUGCAUACUCUUAAGGAACUCCACCCCUUCUCCUGACCUAUGGAGAAAGGCAACCACCCACCCCCAAAUAAUACAGUGGGAACAUGGUUGAGGAAGGUCUGGCCCUUGAAUCGUGACGCAGCACCACCGCCUCAGCAGUGCCCGGAGUCCCAACCUUGCUGUCAAGUCCCUUCGGGUUGAGCAUUGCCGUUGGGGCAUCUCUCUGAAGAUGCAGUCCCCUCCCCAGGGUCUUCCUAGCUGCCCCCCACUCCAGGUGAGUGAACCGCUCUGCCUGAGGCCAAUGCUUCUGAAAAGGAGUUCUAGUUUGGGGAGCACAGCUCCCUUCAGAGUCCCUGCUGAAGUGGAGCGGUCCCAGGAAGUUCGGAACAAUUCGAGGAGACUGCCACCAAAGCCACCCAUGCGCUUGGCUGCCCACCCAUGGUGCCCACUGUGGGAGCUAGGCUCAGAGACGCGCACUCGCAGGCCCUUCGGCGCCACGCCAGCCCAGCACGGCGGGAACUGCUGCCCCUCCUCCACAGAGCAGGAACCGGAGCCUCCCAGCCAGCAGUACCUGCUCUUGUCUCACAGCGGGGUUCGCACUCAACCCUGGCUGAUGGGCAAGUGUGCGCACAGACUUUUUACUGCUGUUUUUAUAUCUUGUAACACGCUGGAUCCCCUUGGUUAUUUGUAUCACCACUGGUUGUCACUACCCCCGGCCCUGCAGCCCCGUUCCCACCGACCCUCCCUGCAGUGUGGCCGGGGAGUCCUGUGGGCCAUGCACCAUCCAGCCAAGCGCCUGGUGGUCACGGCACCAUGUGUCCGCCCUGCGCCCUGAGGUCAAGGCUUCCUGCCCACAGCCCAGCCAGAAGACACAUGCUUGCGCAGCAAUAAACGUUGUGUCGGAUUGGC